GCUGGGCACCUGCUCCAAGGGGACGGAGGGGCCCCCCGGAGCCAUGUGAGCCAGGUCUCUGAGGGAGCCUGAGACCCGAGGGAUGGGUAGCACCCUGGAGCCCCCCGCGGCCGCCUACCUGCACCUGGGCGCCGUGACGUCCCCCGUGGGCACCACGCGCGUCCUGCAGCUGGCCUUCGGCUGCACCACCUUCAGCCUGGUGGCCCACCGGGGCGGCUUCCAGGGCGUGCAGGGCACCUUCUGCCUGGCCGCCUGGGUCUUCUGCUUUGCCCUGUCGGGGCUGGUGCUGCUGUGUGAGCUCACGCGGCUGCAGGGCUGCCUGCGCCUGUCCUGGGGCAACUUCACAGCGGCGGGUGCCAUGCUGGCCACGCUGCUGUCAGCCACGGCAGCCGUGCUCUACCCACUCUACUUCACCCGCCUCUCCUGCCCGCCCGGGCCCUACGGCUGCACGGCCCGGGACUUCCGUCUGGCGGCCAGCGUGUUCGCGGCGCUGCUCUUCCUGGCCUACGCGGCCGAGGUGGUGCUGACCCGGGCUCGGCCCGGCCAGGUGGCCAGCUACAUGGCCACAGUGUCGGGGCUGCUGAAGAUCGUCCAGGCUUUCGUGGCCUGCAUCAUCUUCGGGGCACUGGCCCACGACAGCCACUACGGGCGCUAUGCGGCCACGCAGUGGUGUGUGGCCGUCUACAGCCUGUGCUUCCUGGCUACAGUGGCCGUGGUGGCCCUGAGCGUGCUGGGCCGCGUGGGGGCCCCAGGCUGUGCCUUCGAACGCCUGGUGGUGCUCUACGCACUGCUGGCCACGCUCCUGUACCUCAGCGCCGCUGUCAUCUGGCCUGUCUUCUCCUUCGACCCCAAGUACGGCCGCCCUGUGCGACCGCCCGACUGUGUGCAGGACCACUGCGCCUGGGACAGCCAACUGGUGGUGGCCGUUUGCACCUAUGUCAACCUGCUGCUCUACGUCGCGGAUCUCGCUUACUCCCAGAGACUGCAUUUCGUGCCUGCCCCGUAGCCCCACCAGGUGAAUUGCGAACCCAGGACCGGAGAGGGUGGGUGGGGAGCUGAGGGGUCUGGAGACAGAAACAACCACUCUGUCUCAGUCUCCUGAAUAUACACUGAUGUACAAA